GAACUUCAUAUAACAGUAGAGGAAGUCUCAGAAAGUAGGCCACAAGGCAUCAGUCUUCAGCAACAGCCGCGUCGAAGGGGAGGUGGGACGUCUGCAUCACCAGGUGGAGCUCGGAGGAGCCACUUCCUGUUACCAGACUGAGCCAGGAGCUUCAAAGAAGAAGUGGUAUCUACCACACAGCUGUGUAUAGAGGUUGUUCAGCAGUGCUGUGUGCUCAAGCACCGAAACCUCUGAUCUUGGACCUGACGUAGUUGUGUUUGUGGUUAAAAAUACUGAGGGAUAUCCAGUGGAGAAUAGCUGGGACUCUGAGAUCAGCUGAGGAAGUAUGGGGCUUCAGAAGACUGGUGCUUUGGUGCUACUGAUUUUGAUCAUCUCUCCUGCAGAGGCAAUUGGACUGUAUGAUCCCAAAUUCUGCUACCUCCUGGACGUGUUCCUGUUAGUCUACGGCAUUAUAAUCACCGCACUGUUCGUGCGUGAGAGACGGCGCACCCAACCUAAAGAUAACAUGCAGAAAGACUCGACCUACGCUACUUUAAGUGGCGCUCAGUCCACUUACGACGAUUUGAGAUCGAGAGAUGCUGAAAAGGGACGUGCCCGUGGGGGUCGCAGGAGGACGGAUGAUGAAACGUAUACGCGUCUGAAAGAUAAAACCGAGGACACCUACAAAGAGAUCCAAGUGAAGAAAGACCGUCGGCCCAAUGAUCAGGUUUACCAGGGUCUGAGUUCUGCGACUAAGGACACCUACGACGCACUGCACAUGCAACCUCUGCCUCCUCGUCGCUAAAGCAAUGGUCCAAUCAAUAUUAAUCAUUACAUCAAUAACUAUAUUUCACAACAACAUGGCUUUAUUCAACUCUUCUGUAUAGACCCUUUUGGCUUUUUUGUGUCUUGGUCAGUGUGUGUCUCGCUGUAGAGAAACAUUCAACAGCUUUUGUUACAAUGUUCUAGGUUUGAAUAGCUCAUCUUUUGUUAUAAGUGGAUCAUAUUAACAAAAUCAUUUUUUAAUAAUCAAGAAUGACACCAGAUAUUUUACAUCUCGUUCAUUUUCCUGUUUCAAACUAUCUUGUUCAGUCUGUCAUUGAGCUGCUAAGAUGUUUAUCUUCAGCUCAUCUCAUUUUGCACUUCAUUUUCAUUUUUGUUUCAUUACAUGUUUUUUUUUUUUUUUUUCCUUAUAGUCAUUAGGGUCUUAGAAUAACAGCUUUUCAAUCAUUAUUGAAAAAAGAUAAUUGCUAAAGAUAACUAGUUUCCUAGCUUCACACUAUUUGGAGACUCAGUCAUGAUUUUAUGUUUUAAUUUGUGUUUUGCUAUUUUUAGUUGAUUUCACUGUCAUGAUUCAUCAGUGAUUCCUCAUAUAUUAGCUAGCAUGAUCAUUCUGAUGAUACAAACUAACUGAACUGGCUCUCACGGUACAAACUGCGUAAUCAAUACAAAGUCUACAUAGCAAUGGAUACGUUACAGUGACAGGUCUUCGCUUUCGUUCUUGCUGUCAUGUCUGUUAAAGUUCAGAUUUCUCAGGAAAUUAGAUCAACUCUUCAGAGGUGCCUGAUGCUAAAACGUCACUUUACGACUUGACUUUCAUCACUGCAUUUCUCUGGAGUAAUAUGUUUGUAGAGACUUUUAAUAAGUAAAAGAUAUAAACAAAAAAAGACUAAAGUCAUUUUGUAAUUGGUUACAUCCCCGUACGUCCACAUUCAUCACUGCCACAGAAAAUUCAUCUUUUUAGACACUUAUUGUAUCUUACAAAAAUGCAACUGUGAUGAAAUUAGAGCAGUACAUUCAGAUAUUCACUGACCUACGGACAAUAAAUGGAGAAUACAGGUCGAGAAUCUGCUAAAAACACAGCAACAUGACGUUUUACAGCUUAAAUGUAAAUAGAAGCAUACUAAAGUAAGCAGUGUAUGUAUUUUCUGGCUAACAUAUAUAUGCACGUAAACAGGGACUCAUUAACAAACUUGUUGAGCGGCAGUUUAUUUCUGAACAUUUCAUGUGGUACUAUGUAAAGUGACGUAUUUCAUGUGGUGUAUGGUUUUCCAUAUGACUUGGAUAUCAAGCAAAAGCAAUGAGAAUGGAAGAAGAAGAAGAAAAAAAAGUUUCCAUCCACCCUGAAGUCACUGUCAGCUUUUGUAGAUUUCAGAUUUCUUCAAGUGAUACUGAGAAUAUGUAUUUUCUGUGAAAUUAUGUUUUUUUUCUUUAUAUAUUAAAAAGAUUCCUGUGUCUGUA